GAUAUGAAAACAUCGGGAAAAACCAACUUGGCUGUCAGGAAGCUGACGUUGAACCAAAAUGUUUGGUAGUAGGCCACUAGGAGUAUAGACUGCAAUGGGUGCAGCAACAACGUCUCAACUCUACGUGCCUCAGCUGCCGUCGCUUACUCUACAGCUGAUUUCCGCCUCGCUGGCCGUCCGCCUCUGAAGGUCACCUUCUCCGCCGGCGUCACUGCCACUACCGGUUUCCGUGUACCCAACGGGGACGAGCUCACUGGGGUUUGACUUCCUCAUCGGCCUUGAUGCUGCCUCAGAAUCCGGUCGCCGGCGACAUCUGCGCCGCAGCUCUGACUGGCGGCACUGUUCUUUCGCUGAUUCAGUUUUGGGGAGAGAUUGCGAAGCGAGGAUUCACAGGCCAGACAGUGAGUAGGAAACUUGUCCAUAUAAGCGUUGGAUUGGUUUUCAUGUUUUUCUGGCCUUUGUUCAGCUCGGGCUGUCGGGGAGCACUUUUAGCAGCUCUUAUUCCAGGCGUCAAUAUUAUACGAAUGCUUCUUUUAGGACUAGGAAUAUGGAAGGAUGAGGCUGUUGUCAAGUCAAUGAGCAGAUACGGAGAUCACAGGGAACUUCUCAAGGGACCACUAUGCUAUGCCUCAGCUAUUACUCUUGCCUGUGCAAUCUAUUGGAGAACUUCCCCCAUUGCAAUUGCUGCAAUUUGCAACUUGUGUGCUGGAGAUGGUUUAGCUGACCUUGUGGGAAGGCGGUUUGGCGUUCAGAAAAUUCCCUACAACAGAAACAAGUCCUUCUCUGGUAGCCUGGCAAUGGCAGUUGCUGGUUUUUUGGCAUCUAUUGGGUACAUGCAUUAUUUUGCCUCAUUUGGGUUUAUUCAAGAAAGUUGGGAAAUGGUUUUCGGUUUCUUGGUUGUUUCUCUUGGCUCAACAUUGGUGGAAUCGCUCCCUAUAAGCAAUGAAAUUGAUGACAACCUCACAAUUCCUGUGACUUCUCUAUUGUUGGGUACUCUGGUUUUCUAAUCUUGAGCAUCUUCAUAGUCUGUGGCUAUCUUUUCAUUGUGUUUCACCCACUUGAUUUACAGAACAUCUGAAAACUAUAAGCUUUUUCUCAAUAUCGAAAGAGAUAGAAAGAUAGACAUUUAGAUGGAUGGCUGCACCAGGAUAUGGGGGCUUUAAUUCCAGAAUGCUGAUCAGCAUCUGUUAACAACUUCCCAAAUGCAGUGACUUGAGAAGAUGCUCAUUUUCCUUGUUGCAUUGCAUAAAAUUCUUCUUGGGACACAAUAAAAUGUGCAAGUUUCUUACUAUCAAA